AAUUGUCCAAUGUCGUCGUACCUGGAAGAAGAGCUCGACAAGCGAUUCAAACUCUUCAGACUAUGGGAGGCUUCAUCGAAAGACGAGUUUCUGAGAGAGAAUUGCAAUUCCAUACGAGCGGUGGUCGGGGACACAGCGAUUGGGGCCGAUUCCAAGUUGAUCGAAUCGCUUCCGAGUUUGGAGAUCGUGUCGAGUUACAGUGUGGGUUUGGAUAAGAUCGAUUUGGCAAAGUGCAAGGAGAGAGGAAUUAGGGUUACCAACACUCCUGAUGUUCUCACGGACGAUGUGGCUGAUUUAGCAAUCGGUCUUGCAUUGGCGACUUUGAGGAAGAUUUGUGUGUGUGAUCGGUUUGUGAGAAGUGGGUUGUGGAAGAAUGGUGAUUUCGAGUUGACUUCCAAGGUGAGUGCUUUGCUCUGUUUGAUAUCUCUGUUUUUGAAUGAUUCUGGGAUUUGAAUGAAUGUUUAUUGGAAAUUUAAGUUUGGAUUAGCCUUGUGAAACUUUUGUGUUCUUUUAUAAGAAAACGCGGUUGAUUAGUCUUAGGAUGCAAUUUCUGGUUGUGAAGUGCAAAAUGCUUUACAAAUUUCAAGCUUGAUGGAUUUUAUGCUUAUUAAUUUAUGACUAAACUAUUAUAUCACAAUAUCAAUCAUUGGCUUGGAAAAAAA